AUGCUUCAGAUAAUCCCAAAUCGCUUCGUGGAAGCACCAGGAGAGCGCCCAGCCAGUAACGGGGCCAGCAUUAACGAAUCCGGGGCAGCAGCAGGGCGCGUGGUGGGGGGCGUAGAGCGAGGGCGGGUAGUAGACUGGGGGGUGAUGGAGGAUGCAUGGCGAUACAUGCUGUACGAACAGAUGGGGUGGGAGGAGGGCGGUGAAGGGGCCGUGCUGCUGUGCGAGCCCAUUCUUACCCCAAGAGCGGACAGGGAGCAAGCAGCGCAGGUCCUCUUUGAGUCCUUCAGCUGUUCGGGUUUCUUCGCAGCGGAGCAGCCAGUGCUGGCACUCUAUGCGCUCGGCCGCCUCUCCGGCUGCUGUGUGGACCUAGGCCAUGGCAAAACAGAUUUCUCUGUCGUGCAGGAAGGGGCGUUGAUCCCCUCCUCUGCUCGCCGUUGGCCAAUUGGCGGCUGCGAUCUUUCGGAGCGAAUCCAACGGCUAGUAUUUGACGAGAGGCAGAGUGGGGGGGGAGCUGGCCAAGGAGGGGAAGUGGAGAGGGAUACACUGACACGUGGCAGUCUCUCAUUGGACGCUGCUACGUUGGAAAGGCUGAAGGAGGAAGCUUGUGAGGUGGCUUUGGACGAUAAUAGUUUUGCAGCUGCCCGGGCUGCGGACGAGAGGAAGGAAUUUGUGCUGCCCGACGGGCAGGUCAUCCAUCCCCCCCACCCAUCCUCCCACCCAUCCUCCCACCCAUCCUCCCACCCAUCCUCCCACCCAUCCCCCCACCCAUCCUCCCACCCAUCCUCCCACCCAUCCCCCCACCCAUCCUCCCACCCAUCCUCCCACCCAUCCUACAACCCAUCCCUCCUCACACCUCACCUCUCAUCCACUCGCCUCGCUCACUCUGAUCCCUCCCGUAUUUAUCCCCUCCCGUAUUUUUCCCCUCCUUACAUCUUGGCCCCUCUCUUCCCCCUCAGUCCCCCUCCGCUCCGCCUCGUGGGCCCCUCUUUGCCCCCCAUUCAGCACAUCCUCCUUUGCAGUAAAAGACUGAUGAACGAUUCGAAGUUGCAGAGGCUCUCUUCCGACCCUCCCUCCUCACCCACAACUCACCUCUUUGACUCGCCGCAUUUCCUUCCUUCUUGGCUACCUCGUUCUCACCCCCCCUUUCAUUGCAGCGCAUCUCUCUCGGCUGUGAACGACUUGAGGUUGCAGAGGCCCUCUUCAGACCCUCCCUCCUCGCCCACAACUCGCUUCUUUGACUCGCCACAUGCCGUUCAUUCUUGGCCCCCUUCUUCUCAACCUCCCCUCCCAUUGCAGCGCAUCUCUCUCGGCAGUGAACGACUUGAGACCCUCCCUCCUCGCCCACAACUCGCUUCUUUGACUCGCCACAUGCCGUUCAUUCUUGGCCCCCUUCUUCUCAACCUCCCCUCCCAUUGCAGCGCAUCUCUCUCGGCAGUGAACGACUUGAGGUUGCAGAGGCCCUCUUCAGACCCUCCCUCCUCGCCCACAACUCGCUUCUUUGACUCGCCACAUGCCGUUCAUUCUUGGCCCCCUUCUUCUCAACCUCCCCUCCCAUUGCAGCGCAUCUCUCUCGGCAGUGAACGACUUGAGGUUGCAGAGGCCCUCUUCAGACCCUCCCUCCUCGCCCACAACUCGCUUCUCUCACCGCCCUCCCUCGAGGCCUCCCCAUUGGCCGGUCCCGACUCGGCCGGCAUCGUUCGGCAGCUUCUGAGUGUGGUGUUCGACGCAGCAGGGCUAGGAGGGGGAGGGGGAGGAGGAGGCGGAGGAGGAGGGGUAGGAGGAGGGAUGGGGGGGGUGGGCGGGGGAGGAGGGCUGGGGGGGGGAGGGAUGGGGGUGGAAGGGGGGAAGCAGCGGGCAGCCUUGGAGUCCAUUGCGGUGGUGGGGGGAGGGUCGUGCCUCAAGGGGUUGGUGGAUCGGUUUCAGAGUGAAGUGCAGACGGCAGUGUCUCCCUCCCUGCAACCCACCGUCGUGCGGGCACCUGACUACAUGCCGGACAACACCGCCCGCUACGCCUCGUGUGCCCAUGUAGCGAGAACUCUCACCGCCGCAAGUAGCUUUCAGAACUCUCACCGCCUCUCUAACCCGUGCUCUUGUCCGCACGGGGACAUGUUUCCUCGUGCUGUUUCCGUUCGCCAUGUUUUCUUCCCUUCCUUUGACCAGCAACAUCGCUCACAUAUUCGCUUGUUACCCCUCUCCCCCACCCCCUGUCCCCAGAUGCUCCUCGUCUCCGCCCUCACGGUCGUCUAUGUCUUCCUCGACUCGCAUCGCCUCUCCACUCGGACGCUCUUCCUGCUCGAUUCACUCGCACAUUACACAUACCCACUGUCUUCCACCCACACCACCCCCCCUCCUUUCUCGCCUCCCGCCUCCAUCCGAUUCCCAGACGUUCCUCGUAUCAGCCCUAGUCGUCGUCUAUUUCUUCCUCGACUCGCAUCGCCUCUCCACUCGGACGCUCUUCCUGCUCGAUUCACUCGCACAUUACACAUACCCACUGUCUUCCACCCACACCACCCCCCCUCCUUUCUCGCCUCCCGCCUCCAUCCGAUUCCCAGACAUGUUCCUAGUAUCAGCCCUGGUGGUCGUCUAUUUCUUCCUCGACUCGCACCGUCUCUCUGCCCGCACUCUCUUCCUGCUCGACUCGCUCUCCCUCGCUGCCGGUGUGCUGCUCUCCUCCCUCGCCUCCCUGCACCUGCAGCGCCACACACCAAGGGGAAAUGGUCUUCCCAUUCUCACAUGCUCCUCCCAUUUCCCGCCCAUCCCUCCUCCCAUUCUCAGAUGUUCCUCGUAUCUGCCCUGAUGGUCGUCUAUUUCUUCCUGGAUUCCCACCGCCUCUCCGCCCGCACUCUCUUCCUGCUCGACUCGCUCUCCCUCGCUGCCGGUGUGCUGCUCUCCUCCCUCGCCUCCCUGCGCUUACAGCGACACAAACGCCUGCGGCAGCACUUGAAGGGGGAGCAGAUGAAGCAGCAGCAGCAGCUGAAAGGAGGAAUGUUCCCCCCAUUCUCACCUGUUCCUCCCAUUUCCCUCCCCAUUCCUCCUCUCAUCCCCAGAUAUGUUCCUCGUAUCAGCCCUGGUGGUCGUCUAUUUCUUCCUCGACUCGCACCGCCUCUCUGCCCGCACUCUCUUCCUGCUCGACUCGCUCUCCCUCGCUGCCGCGUUUUCAGCCUGCUGCCGUCGUUGCUGCACCACUGGCGGCGCGCUAAUCCGCAAACGCACCGCGUGCUUGUAUGGGGGAUGAAAGCGGUGGCUCUGGCGGUGCUGAUGGCGUGGCAUAAGGGGUUUGCCGUGGUGGUGGUGGUGGCGGCGGCAGCGGUAACCUACGUGUUCCCGCUUCUCUUUGUGUACAUGCACAAGGAAAAGCAGUUCAUCAAGGGACCGUGGGAUGAAGCCCAACCGGGGACCAGCAGCAGUUGA